UUGAAGCCGGAGGAUCGGGACGGAAGAUAGAAAUCUGAGAGACAGAUCCCGCCGCCGCCGUCGGAAUCAAGCAACAAACGCCAGAGGAUCUGAAACUGGAGGGCGUAAUUUCCCGAUAUGUUGUCCGCGCUGCUUAAUAUUGAUUGCAGCCUAAAUGGAAGCAGAGCGCAGGGAGAAAAGCUAUUGAGCGAUCUGAGCACGUGGAGAAUUGGGGGACCCUGCAAAUACUUUGUUCAAGUCUCCGAUCACCACCAGCUUGCUUCAUCUCUUAGGCACUGUAAUGAGCAGUCGAUGAGAUACAUUGUGAUCGGUAAAGGCUCCAACUGCCUGUUUGAUGACCUCGGAUUCGAUGGAUGCGUUAUCCGAAAUAGCAUUGUUUUUUUAGAGAGGAAUGAGCCUGGUUUGUACAGAGCUGGAAGCGGCUACCCCUUCAAUCGCCUCGGCCUCCAGACUGCAAAUGAGGGCUUUUCGGGCCUUGAAUUUGCCGCAGCCAUUCCGGGGACAGUUGGCGGCGCCACUUACAUGAAUGCCGGAGCAAAUGGACAGGAAACGGCUGAUGCUGUGGAAAGUGUUGAGAUUAUGACGAGGGAAGGAGAGUGCGUGAUUUUUAAAAGAAGCGAGCUCGGUUUUGGAUAUCGAUGGUCUUCGUUUCAAGACAUGAAGGAAUUGGCUGCUAUAACUGCUGUCACUUUCACACUGAAGGUCUCUGAAUCAGAAAAGAAAAACCAGCAAGAAUACAUGGAAAGGUAGACAUUUGGUAUAUAUUUGCUUGUAUUGCUACAAUACUAAAUUAUACUAUUACUACUACAUUAUAGGAGGAGAUGCAGCCAGCCAUUGGAGGAGACGAGUGCUGGCUCGGUGUUUCGCAAUCCAGAGGGGACGGAUUUGUGUGCAGCGCAGCUGAUUGAGAGGGCCGGGUUGAAAGGAUGCAGAGUCGGAGGUGCUGUGAUCUCCGAGAAGCACGCCAAUUUCUUCAUCAACCGCGGUGGUGCAACUAGUGGCGACAUGCUUCGACUCAUUGACUUGGCUAAGGAGGCUGUGUGGAGGCAGUUUGGCGUCGAGCUUCAUGAAGAAGUCUUGUAUAUUCCUCCAUGAUUUCGGUUGUAAUAAAGUAGACUACACUAAGCUGCUAUGUUGCUAAACACUAGUGGUAGAAAAAAAUCAACUGUACAAUAUAGUAAGAGUUGGGAAUGUAGGAUGUGUGGAUCAUUUGAUUAAAUCAGUAGAAAUGGUAUCGUCUUCA